AGUUCAUUAUUAUUCAUGGACAUUAUUAAACUAAUAACUUGAAAGGAGUAGAGCACAAUGGCUGCAGUCUCCUGGGACAGAUCAUAUGUCUGCUUCUCUGGCUCCUUCCCCUUGACAGAAAACACACCCUAUAGUACCAGUAGCACAAUGGGGAGUGGUGCUAGAGGGGUGGCCAUGGCUAUAGCCUGUCUGUGAUUCGCUGACACGGACUCUAAUUGGAUCAAGUUGGAACUUGCUUAGCUGGAUGCUUUGUGCAUGGAUUGAGAGAAGUCUGCAAUGAGAGUAUAGCAGUAGACAGGAAAGGAGGAAGAGCAGCACUGAGGGAGGAGGCAGCAGAGGCUGUCCUGCACACCACUUUGAGAGUAAGAGAGAGGAGGAGUGAGCUCUAGAAAAGGGGAGUAUCCCGUCUGCCCUUCAGUGCUGCUGCAGCCCUCCCGCCCUCCUCUUCCUCACUCUACAUGCUCUUUUUUUCUUUCUCCUUACUCAUCUGUUUCUGUGGCUGGUGCUGUGCGGACGGGCACCUGCCUAUCCCUGAUGAUUCAGCCUUUCUGUUGCUUGGAGCUCCACAGACAAGACAGCAUGUCCCUUGUGCCACUGCAGUGCCUGGCCCUCCUGUCCUCUACACCACAGCAACCGCAGCCUCUGCAGCUGGUCCGCCCCACAUCCUCACUCCAAGUUCCCAGCAUUUAUGACAAAUCUAUUUUUAGGCGCAUGCUUUUUUCUUAAAGAAAGCACGAAUCCGGAGCUUUUUUUUUCUAAUAUUUAAAAGGCUCCCUGGGUGUUUCUGUUAACAAGGUCAGGGCAGUGAAUCUCAAGAGCGUUUCUAACUUUUUUUCACAAAUCCCAGCUAAUAAUAAUGGAAGCAGCACUGGAUGAUGGCCGGCCACAGUGCGAUGCUCUGAGUUAAUAUUUGCAGAGUUACUAAAGCCUUCCCGUUGUGCCGGGAAGGAUGACUGAGGGAAUGGAGGAUAUCAGUGCCGGGACGGUGUCCCCAACCGGUUCAACUGUUGAUACCGGACAAAUCCCAGAGGAGAAAGAGGAGAUGGGGGCAACUGAUGAGGCUGAAGAGGGGAUUGAUGAGGAAACUGCGCAGGAGGGCGACUCUGGACAGAACGAGGAGCAGGUAGAGGAGCAGGGAGAGGAGCAGGGAGAGGAGAGAGCUGGAGCCCUGGCCGUGACCUGCUGUGUGUGCAUACAAAUGGAGCAGAUUAGCAACUGCCUUCACUCUGAGAAAAUCUGCAUCCUUCCCAUCCUGGCUUGUCUGCUUAGCUUAGCCCUCUGUACAGCUGGCCUCAAGUGGGUCUUUGUGGAUAAGAUCUUUGAGUAUGAACCACCCACACACUUAGACCCUAAACGUAUUGGACAAGACCCUUUCGUUAUAUCAGCUGAUCCUACCAUGGGAUUGACUUUGCCCCCUCCGCAUUUGCCUUGGUCGACACGGUCUCCCUCCAGUGCUGUCCCCAUCACCUCUGGGCGUCCUGAAGUGUUGGUGGAGGACAAAUCUACUCAGCGGCCGUCUGUGCCUCUCUCUCCUAAAGUGACUCAGAGUGACUCCUCAGUGACAAUGAAAUUUAAUGCUGAAAAAACCACCCCUGGAAAGCAGACCCCCAGUGCUCAAACCACCCAGGGGUUAAACAGCAAUGACAUCCCAACUAUAUCAACCACCAGCGCAACCACAACAUUAAAGACCUCCAGCCAUGUGACCCGCUGCAGCGACAGCCAGAAAAACUAUUGCGUAAAUGGAGGCGAAUGCUUCACCCUCGAAAUCAUGCCUGGCAGCACCAAGUUCCUCUGCAGGUGUCCCAAUGAAUUCACUGGUGAUCGAUGCCAAAACUAUGUAAUGGCCAGCUUUUACAAAGCGGAGGAGCUGUAUCAGAAACGUAUUUUAACAAUUACAGGGAUCUGCAUUGCCCUCCUGGUAGUUGGAAUCAUGUGUGUGGUUGCCUACUGCAGAACAAAGAAGGAGAGGAAGAAGCUCCAUGAUCGCCUGAAGCGAAGCCUCAGGAGAAAAAAAAAGAGUGGUGUGAGCUGCAGAGGGCGCCCGAGUUCUCAGCUGGCGCUAAAAGACUUACAGCUGCCUAAUAAGAACAACGGAGAGGCUGUACAGACUGCAGUAGAGAAGGACACAGAAACAUCAGUCUCCACAAGCAAAUGCGCCUUAUCUGCCAAUGAGCCCACUGCUAUCACACACAUCAGCCAAAGGUAUAUAUCGGCUGUGCCCUCUCCUGGUACUCCGGGGUCUCCUCCAUCAGAGAUGUCCGCUCCUCUGUCCAGCCAGGCUGUCUCUGUCCCCUCAGUGGCUCUAAGCCCCUCUGGUGAGGAGGAACGGCCCCUGUUGCUGUCAAAUGUGCAACAGCACAAAGAUUUAAGUCACGACAAACAGAAGAGGAGCUCUGCCCAUUACAAUCAUGGACACGACGCUCACAGCCUACCCUCCAGCCCGCUGCUUUUUAGGGAGCACAGCAACUAUAACUCCACAAGUAAACAUAACCCCACUGCUGCCAGCUACAAGGAGAUAUCUGAGAAGCUACUUAAUAACAACAUAAAUGACUACAACUUUAAAGGAGCAACAGUGGCCAAUGGGGCUGUCCUGUACAAUGCAGAGUCCUGCAGUGACGGUAUGCUUCAGAGUGAGACAGAGGAGUCUCAGGGGGAGUAUAUAUCCUUCUUCAAUGGUGACGUGACAACUGCCCCAUUGCUAAGGGCUACUGACAGUGUUAGGACUACCCCAGCAUCAUCAAAUGAUACUCCACAAGUCAUGUCAUGUAACGCUACAAUAAAGCAAGAUCAAGUUGCUGUGUGAGAUAGAAAUUUGAGAAAGGUUUACGUUGAAUAAAGGAGAGUGGUGACAACCAAACCUUUAUUUUCUAUAACUUAUUUGCUGUGUUAUAAAACACAAAUACAAAUUAUCAUUUUUAUUUUAGUGAUAUAGGGAAUUAAAAAAAAUCUUUUAUAUUAAAAUGUACAUGUGUCCAUGUGUUGAAGGUAAUGUGCCAUACUCAAGUAUGUUAGCAAAAGUUCACUGUAUAGUUCCAUGCAGAAAGAAUGACAAAGGUGCCUUUCUGUUUGAUGCUUAAGGAAGCACUGCAUACUGGGUCAUAUAUUCAUCUAAUCCAGUUAACAAUACUAAAUAAUGCUGGCUGCCUUAUUGUCUUACAUUUGGAGGUGCCCACUGAAUGACGGAGUGUUCAGUCUGUGUGAGCCUGCAGAGAUGCAUGCGACUUAAUGCUGUGAAUGAAAUGAGGACUUGCUCAUUAUAUCACAAAUCAAUGUUUCAGUUUCUGCUUUUCACUCAACACUUAUUCUGUUAAAUGCACUUGUGAGAUGCCUGGCUGGGGCAUGACUGUGUUUUAUAUCAUCUUAAUAAUCCAGAAAGAACAAACACAAGAAUGAUGGUUCUGUGCAAAAUUACACCAUUGACCAUAAUGUAAUAAACAUUGAUAAUUAAAAAUACAAAAGGAUUAUCUUUUUUACUGUAGGUCAGGUGCAACACACUGCAUGUCUGCUAGAUUGAACUUAAUGAAGAUACAAAAAACUGUAAACGAACAUCAAUGGAAGCAUUGUCUUAAUAAUGUCAGCUAACAAGACACAAAAAUAUGCAGUGAAGCCGUUAUGAAACCGUGUGUGUGGCUUUUUUGAGUGGAUGCUGUGAAAUUGUGGCUAUAGUUGUUAGUUUAGUGGAUCUCAUUUAUUUGGUCACUAACAACUUUUAUGCUUAAUUUAUGAGAUGUUUUGUGAAUCGUAAAGCUACAACGCUUUCAAGAGUGUCUUAAGAUGAUGUACAUACACAUGGAUCCUGUUUCUAAUAAAACUGU